UAUAAACAACACACUGCACUUCCUGCAAAAUCCUUCGGCCUCAGCUCAACCUGCAUCGCCCCGUUCUGCUCAUUCGGAUUGCCAAAAAUGCCGUUCAAGAGGUACGUGGAGAUCGGGAGGGUUGCCCUUGUCAACUACGGAAAGGACUAUGGCAAGCUUGUCGUCAUUGUCGAUGUUAUCGAUCAGAACAGGGCCCUUGUUGAUGCUCCAGACAUGGUUAGGAGCCAAAUGAACUUUAAGAGGCUUACACUCACAGACAUCACCAUUGACAUUAAAAGAGUGCCGAAAAAGAAGACUUUGAUCGCUGCUAUGGAGGCUGCUGAUGUGAAGAGCAAGUGGGAGAACAGCUCAUGGGGGAGGAAGUUGAUCGUGCAAAAGAGGAGGGCUGGCCUCAAUGACUUUGACAGGUUUAAGAUUAUGCUGGCAAAAAUCAAGAAAGCUGGAGUUGUGAGACAGGAGCUUGCCAAGCUUAAGAAGGAGAGCACUGCCUGAUAACCCAGACUUUUGAUAGAGAGAGAUCUUAGCUACACUAAGCUUUGAGUUUGUGUUGUUUAUUUGGAAAUUUUAAUUUUUGUCCCUAAAGCAAAGACUUCGCCUUUUUCAUUACCUGAAUAGAAGUUUGAGAUUUUACCACCCUGAUAUCUUUAUUAUGGUUGAUUUGCCUUUCUUAUCUUUC